AUGGAGCCGCCGGACGGCAAUGUUCCGGCGCGUGUAGACCACCAGAGAGAUCCCAAGGCCAGUACGAGUCAGAUACCAGAAGGAAUUCCAACAAAACUCUCUUAUGCAAACACUAUCAACUCCACCCCAAACCCAACUAAGCAAGAGCGGGAAUCAGUGAUAGCGAGAAGAACAACCCAUAAUGGCAUGCCAACGGUGUUUUUUAAGACCAAGGAUUACUAUGGAGUCAUGGCUGCGGAAUGCAGGAGAAUGAAUGUGGGGAGAUUUCUGAAAAUCCGCCCCCAAAUUGAGAAAAUUAGGUCAAGGUUCCUGGAGAGAUUUCCAUUGAAGGGCUCGGUCAACAUUGGAGUUUAUGAUAACAACAAUGUCUUUCUAGGCUUCACAAAUGAUGAGGACUAUAGCACGGUGUGGUACAGAAGAUCAGUGGACAUUGAAGGAAAUCAAAUGUGGCUACAGAAAUGGAGCCCAGACUUCAAACCAGAGGAGGACAUGCCCAUAGUUCUGGUAUGGGUUAAUCUUCCUAGAUUACCGUUCCAUCUACAUACAUGGCACUAUGUGAAACAAAUUGUAAGUGACGCUGGCACUCCGCUGGAAAUAGACAUAGCUACACGAGGGAAAAAUAGGCCUAGUAUGGCUAAGGUAAGACUAGAAGUAGAUUUGCUCAAGCCUUUGCUAACUAGUGUUUGGGUGGGAGAUGAAGAUGAUAACUCCCCUCUGAAAGGAUUCGAGCAGAAACUGGAGUAUGAUAAUGUACAAAAAUAUUGCAAACACUGCAAGAAGCUGGGACACUCGAUGAUGAAUUGUCGAUCCUUGGAGAGAAGAAGAGCUAAUGAAGUCAAGGAAGUAGAGGCAAAAGACAGUGAAACAAUUGCAGCAGGAAAAAAUUUAGAAAGGGACAAAAUUGUAGUCGAAAUGAGCAAGGGAGAACCAAAUGCUAAUGACAAACAGCAGCAGGGACUUCAAGUCAGGCAGAAGGAAGUAAGCAAUAAAGACAAGAUUGAUUACGACAAAGAUAAUGAGAAGGAGGAGGCCAAGGCAUCUGUGAAUACGAGAACAAAGCAAAAGAAAGGCAAGAAGGCAAGGAAAAUAAGAAGGAAAAGAAGCAAAGUGAUCUUUAAAACAACCAAAAAGAGGACCGAGAGAAGGGAAAUUCCUAAGCAAAUACCAAUCCAAAGUGUUAACGAAAUUACUGAUGAAAUUAAUGAAAAUUGGGAAAGCUCAAAAGUAGGGGAACAAGAGGUGAAACAACAGGGAACCAACUCACCAAGGGAGAAUGACAAUAAAGAUGAUAACUCGUGCCAUACACCUCAAAGUAGGAGACCUCAAAACACAGAACUGGAAGAUGAACAAGUGGCGAAGCAGAACGACAACACACAAAGGGUGGAGGAAAUAGAACUAGGGACAUCCAGUUUUGACACAGCCAUCAGAUAUCAGCAAGGAAUCCACCUUGUUGUGGAGUUGAAUGAGGGAUACAAUAUGCCACAAGAAAGAGAUAAAGAAGAACUAGGCAAUGUAGGAGACUCUGAGAUCGUAAAAGAACAGGCAAAAGAAGUUUUAAAUGAUUCAGAUCACAAGAUGACUGGAAGUUCAAACAAAGAGGACUGCUUACCAACAAGAAAGAGGAAGAAGUCAGCAGAUGAGGGAAGGCAGAAACAAAAGGAACAAAGAGAUAACUCCCCCUAA